GGCUCGCUCUCACGCCCACGCGGCCGCCGCCCCGUCGGAACUGCUCACACCGGGCGGGCGAGCGCACACGCGCAGUGUUCCUUCGGAGCCAGCGGCCCCCGGAGUGUCUCCUUGGACUCAUCGGGAAGCCGAGGCCGCUUGGGGACUGGGACUGGGGCUGCCAGGCAGGAGCCAGCAUGGAUCCCAAUUCCCGUGGAGCCCUGGACCGGCAGCAGCUUCGCCUUCGAGAUCGACAGAAGUUCUUUGAGGAAGUUUUCCAGCAAGACUCGGAGUUCUUCUUCCCUCUAUCACAUCUUCAUCUUGAGUCCCGGAGACCUCCCAUAGGCAGCAUCUCUUCUAUGGAAGUGAACGUGGACACACUGGAGCAGGCCGAACUGAUUGACUUUGGGGACCCAGAUGCCUCAGAUGUGUUCUUGCCCUGUGAGGAGCUCCCACCAACUCCACAGCCACCCACUGUAUCUGGUGUAGGUGACCACCCAGAGGAACUGAACUUGCAGAGGCCCCCAUCAGACAGGACCAUGUCAAGGACCUCCUCUUCCUCUUCUUCCACUGAACUUAAUAGCCCAGACCUGAUUGGAGAUGGUGUGGAUACACCUUUGGCACAGUCUGAUGAGGAAGAUGGGGGUGCAGAGCCUGCAGCCUGCAGCUAGCAGUGGGUGCUUCCCUUUGGACUGAAUCACAUGGCCCUGGUCACAGCCUAAUUUGGAACCCCAGCCCCUGCUAGGAGCCUUUGGGGAGAAGGCCAGUUGGCACCAGAGGGAGAAGACUAUGAAGCCUUCCAGAAAUUAACUCUCUCCUGCUUUUCUGCUAAUGCUUGCCGGCCUCCACUGCACAUACCUACUCAUGACCUACAUAGGCAAUGAUUGAAUUAGGGGGAUAUGAGGGAGGUAAGGUAGGAUACUAUCCACACCACAUUUCAGAAGGGCCAGAAAAGCCAUCCCACUCUCUUUUUAGUGGACUUGACCAAGAGGAUUUGUGGAUGUAAAUAUGCCACCCCACUUCCUUCCUUCUCUCAGUGAAAUGCUAGGCAAACCACCCUCCUUUCCUCUUCUUGAAAUGAUGUAUCUACUAUCCUGCUUUCUUAUUUCUCCCACUGCUAUGCUUCACCAGUCUUCUCACCUUAUUUCACAUACUGAAAAGCUGUCCCAGACCGUCCCACUUGACUUUUUGUCUCUUUUUUAAGCACAGCCAUUGGGGUCCAGGAUGGUCAUUUCCUAGUCUUAUCUAUAGGCCUUCCCUUCCCCUGAAGAGACUGACCCUCUCCAGUUCAGUGUGAGGCCUCACAGCUGCCACAUUACCAACACCAGCUCACUGUCUAUGGGAAGAUGAUGUGUUUGGGUGAAACUUAGCAGCCCCUCCUGGGUCCAAGAAGGUUGAGACCCGGAACCCUUGUCCCCAACCAGCAAACCUUGGUGCUGAGACUAUCUCCUGUGCAGCCAAAGGGGCCAUGGCCACCCCUCUAGAGGCAGGGUCUGCAGUUGUGUUUCUCUUGGCCCUGGAUCUCCCUGCAGGAGGGACAAAGCUUCAGGGGGCCCUUCAGCAGUCUCUCCUCUCAAACCUGACCCAUCAUUGCUUCAUCACCAACCUCACAGCAGGGCCAGCGCCUGUGGUCUGACUAGGACCUUAUAAUUAGAGGAUUUAGAACUAAAAGGGGCCUUAGGUCAUCUAGUCCAAUUCCUUCAUUUUACAGAUGGAGAAAUGGAAGCUCAGAGCCAUUAAAGUGCCAUGGCCAAGGCUACAGGUAGGAAGUAGUUGAGGUGUACCUUGUCCCAGGCAGGUAGUGGUGACCCCUGUACCCAGUGCCACACUGCUUCUGCUCCACAGCCCAGCUUUGGCACCUCCCCCAUGGGGUUCCCCCUGUAGAUGGCUAGAGAACAGCAUGUCUGGGGGGCUGCUACAGCAGACCAUGGGUUAAUAAAUCUUUUGAUUCCAGCAGG